AAGCCCAGACAUGGGCCUGAGGAGCGAAUGGAGCUAAAUUCACUAGCACUGAUCUGGCUCGCGAGGCACCAAUGCCGCUUUUAUUCAUCCACCGCAUUCCUGCUUUAUUCUCGUGCCGCUCUACCAGCUCCUUAGCAACCACAACCGAAGUAAAUCCGCGACCAUGACUUCAGAUGGUUUUGCCCUGGGCUUGAGAUGCUGCUGCCCUUGCCUGGAUAUCGACGACGAAGGACAAACAAGGUUCUCUCAGGAUCCACUAUUAUCCAGAACCCCACCCUUUCCGAUGGGUAAGCCUGUCCGCACAUAUGGCACGCAGCGCCGUCAAUACACUUCUGGCUCCUCAAAGGUAUUCGGUGUAUCCUCCGUAAAAACGACCACCGUAGCUACUAUCUCCAAUCCCACUCUCCCAGCUGAUCCACUUGAGUCAUGGCCUGAAGUUCUCGAAACCCUGAAUGAGAUCCAGAAAGAGUCUCCAAAGAAAGGCUUAAGCAAGAAGGAGCCUGUGGUGGAGUCCGAAGAUGAAGAAGAUUCAAGCGAAUCAGAAGAUUAUGAGGAGUCGAGCGAGUCAAGUGAGUCUGAGUCUGAGAAGGACGAAGAUGACACCGAGGAAGAAGAGCCAUCGAGCGAUCUCAAACAUGAUGUCACGUCAAGUACAUCUAGUGCUCGGUAUACAGCCAGUGAAAAUGAGACUGGGUCUCAUACAGGAACAUCAUAUGGCGAAUCAGCACCAGACCACCUCGCCGUCCUCGCGGACGCCUAUCAAACAGACCGCGGCUCGCCCCUCUUUAUGAGCACCUGGCCGGAGAUCUUACCACCCUCAGCAGAAGUCGAGAAAAUAGCGGAAGCAUCCUUUGCAGAAGUUUACCGCGUGACGACCUCAGCCGGCUCAUCCAUCAUCAAAGUGUUGCAGCUCAAAGUACCCACCGAUCCCGACUCAUGCGAAAUCGAAACUGCAAUCAACGCAGCUGAUUUAGUCUCUGAGAUCCGUAUCAUGAACGUCCUUACUGAAGUCCCUGGCUUUGUUGGUUUCAAGGAUGCUCAUCUGAUUAAAGGACGUUUCGCUCCAUCGAUUGAAGAGGCAUAUUAUGAGUUCAUUGCUGAUGAUGGGGAGUAUGAACCGAGGGAAACGCAUUUCCCUGACCCGGAAAUCUUUACCAAGGAGUCGACUUUCUUGGUCUUGGAACUGGCUGAUGCUGGGGAUGUGCUUGAGAACUGUUGGAUGGAGAGUAUUGACCAAGUUUGGGAUGUCUUUCUUGGCGUAUGUAUGGCUCUCAGUCGAGCGGAGUACCUUUGCGAAUUUGAACAUCGCGAUUUGCAUGAAAACAAUGUCUGUGUAAGGCAAACAAUACAUCCAGCAUCCAAGAUAAAACGAAAACCAAAGCCUCGUGAUGGGUCUAUUAAAUUCGGCUUCUCAGACUACAACAUCACAAUCAUCGACUAUGGUCUCUCGCGUGCCAAACUUGAGAACGGCGACGUCGUCUUUCAAGAUCUGGAGAACGAUCUUGCUGUCUUCCACAGCACCGGUAGCGGGCUUGCUGGAAUGCAAUUUGACAACUAUCGUCGAAUGCGCAACCACCUCCUAACCGGAACCCGCACAAUGCAACCCGCCUCCUUCCACAGCACACCCAUUUCAGAACUCUCACCCUCAGAAACCAACAACCACACCUGGAAAGAUCACAUACCCUACAGCAACGUCCUCUGGAUUCGGUACAUACUCUCCUUCCUUACAAAACAGUUUAAACGACAUUCUCGUGGUCCCAAAGCAACGAAGGAUUUGGCGACUUUCGAGGCGGAGAUUAAGGAUUUGAAGAGGAGGUUAGAUGUUAGGACAAAAGUUGAGAAUGGGGCGUUUGUGAGCGCGUGUCAGGUGCUGGAUUAUGUGUUUGGGAAGGGGUGGGUUAGUGAGGAGCAGUUGGGGAGUGCGGGGGUGGAUAGUUGAGAAGAUGGGUGAGGUGAUGGAACUGAGUAUGAAGAGGUAUCUGUUAUCUGCAUUUGAUACCGGGUGAAGAGGGCGUAUAAAAGGGGCAGCAUAGCAUUAGGCGUCAACUUGAUUAUUUACCUGAAGGGCUCCUGCGGUCCAGUAGAAGAUGUGCGA